UAUUCCUCCUACUUCAACACGCCCCCGCUCCCCAAACCCACCAUGGAUCCCUCGCGCGGCUCGCGAUUUCUGGACCCCACGUCCGCCGUGGCGGCCAUCACAAAGCACAAAGCCGAAGCCAUGAAGCUCGCUCGCGAGCAAAGCGUGGCGGUCCAGGAGAUGUGUCGACGAGCAAAAACCGAGUGUCCACCGUACGAAUUCGAGGAACUGAUCGGCAAGGGCUCGUACGGCCGCGUGUACAAGGGUCACCAGCUUCCCUCGCGCAAGGUGGUGGCCAUCAAGGUGCUGGACAUUGAUUCCAUGGACUAUCAGUCGGUUCGGGAUUUUCGGGAUGAGUCGAUUAAGGACUUCAUCCGCGAGACGAAGGUCAUGAAGCAGGUGAAAGACUCGGGCGCGAAGAAUAUCAACGCGUUGAUUGAGGCGAUUUCGAUCCAUUCGCAGCUGUGGCUGGUUUGUGAGUAUUGUCCGGGUGGGAGUGUGAGGACUUUGAUGCGAGCGACCGGCGACCGGCUGGAAGAUAAGUAUAUCAUCACCAUUGCACGAGAACUGGCCGCAGGGCUGCGUGCUAUCCACGAUGCCGGCAUCAUUCAUCGCGAUAUCAAAGCUGCAAACAUCUUGAUUCAUGAAGAAGGAAGAUUGGAGAUUUGUGACUUUGGUGUUGCAGGGGUGCUUCAAUCGCAGAUGGACAAACGGUCUACUUGGAUUGGAACGCCACACUGGAUGCCCCCAGAGAUGUUUGCAACUCGUGGUGAAGCCCACCAGUAUGGUAGCGAGAUCGACGUCUGGGCCUACGGGUGCACACUGUUCGAAUUUGCUACAGGAAAUCCCCCGAACUCGAACCUUCGCGAGAGGAUGCAGAUUGGCCGGCAGUUGACCCGAAACACCCCGAAGCUGGACAAUGCGAAGUACAGCGACGGCCUCAAGAGUCUCGUUUCCUAUGCGCUAGAAUCCAAUCCGAUUUCACGCCCCUCGAUGGCCGAUGUCAUGACACACUCCUAUAUUGCUGAUACCGAGGAAGCCUAUCCCACUUCCUCCCUCAGCGAGCUUGUCCGGAAUUACUACCAGUGGUCGCAGCGAGGAGGCCAGCGUAUCUCUUUGUUCCACCCUGGAGGUGCUGCGGCUGCAGAGGCGCCAGGCGCUGAAACCAACUACGACGAAGACUGGAACUUCAGCACGACGGAUGGAUUCGAGCGUCGGUUCUCCGUCAUCGACCUGGAUCAGCUAGCCGCCUCUCUGGCCGAGAUGGAAGACGAGAUCAGCCCGACGACCAAGACUGGUGCAGAGAACGAGGCUGGGGACGACGCUUCGGAUGGGGAGAUGACGACUGAAGAUAAAGCGAACUUUGAUGAGCGCGUCCGUCGCGGGGCCGAGGCAAUGGAAGGUCUGUUCAACGAAGACAAGCCGAGCUACAAGUACGAGACCAAGAACGACUUCGUGCCCAUCGAGCCAAAGCCCCCCGUAUCCGACCUUCCACUCCGCACAGAUACCGAUCGGUCGUCCGUCACUUCCACCUUCAUCGAUAUCGACAUCGGCUCCUUCGACUCGUCGCACUAUGCCGCAGGCGCUACCUCCGCGCAGCCAUUCCAGCUCGCAGAUGCCGACACCAUUCGGGCGAAUCGGACCAGUGGCCGGCAGCACCGGAACUCGAUUGACGGUCGUUCUCGGUCGUCCAGCAGCGGCGUGAGCAGCAAUCAGGACCCCGAAGAGUUCCAACCGUCCGCUCCCCGUCCUCCCACCAUGGACUGGAAGUUCCCUGUCUUCAUGCAAGUUCCAGACGAGGAGGGCGAGCCAGCCCGCGAGCCCGAGCCCGAGAUCGCGCCGGAGACGAAGCCCGCGGAGCCCGAGACGGCAGAUAAACGAGCUACCAUGGAAUGGACGUUCCCAGUGAUGACCGCACCCGCGGACGACGGGCCAGAAAGCCACGUCGACGCAGGUCGGUACGACACCCUCAAAGCUCCCAUCAUCGACAUGCAGACAUCCGCCACAGUCCGACACUCCGUGAUCGGCGAACCGGGAGACUCCCGGCCCUCUACAUCGCGCUCCGAGUCCAACGCAUCCGUCAGCUCAGAGGACGCCUACGAUCCCUUCCGAUUCGAUCGUCCCUCCACGCCUACCGGCGGUCUUCUUGACGGACGUCGAGAGAACAACCCCACCGAGAUGGUCGAUCCCCUGGCGCCGCAUGACUACGAACCCAGCGUGAUGGAUGGACCCGGCCCCGACGCAGAAGACCCCGGCGAGAUCUGGCAGAAGCCCACUGCAGGACCCGGAGCCGACGCUGACCGGUCUCCCGCGCUGUCGGAACCAUUCCCCACGGCUGUCCCCACGAAGCAUCUCGACCUCAACUUCCCUUUCGUGCCCCCUGCCUCUGCGUCUAUGUCGGAUGCCCUGCCUACCGCGAGGAAUAACUUCCCGGUGCUUACUACUACGGAGGGAGAGCCGAUCCUCUUCCCUGAACUUACCUUGCCGCAGCUGGAUACAUUUGAUGCUGGUGCGGGGGACCGUGCAAUGGCGGGGGAGCUUGACCGGCUGCUGGAGAACUUUAUUGAUUCGUUGAAUGCGACAAAUGAGGCGUUGUCGCGGGUGAGUAUUGGGCCGGAGGUGAGAUCGGACUUGAGCUCGACACCGGAGCAUUCGGAGUGAUGGUCUGCACAUAUGCUUGUUGAUUGUUGAUUGGAUGGGGUUGUUCUAUGGCUGGUGGGUAACGAGUUACGAUUAUCGUGCAUGUUUAUGGCUGCGGUGUUGUCAUGGCAUCUGGAAAAGGAUCUCGCAUGUUUCUGCUUCUGAUGGGGUGUGGUGUCUAGAUGGGGAGGGAAGGGGAGUCUUGAGAGCCGGCUAUGAUUUAUCUAUUCGGAUGUGGAUUU